AUGAAGAGAACAACCAGAGCUCCAGCUUCAGUAAACAAGGGUGGUAUGGGAUCAAUGGUCCGUCACUAUUCAGAAGAAUCAAUUGGUUUGAAGGUUGGUCCACAAGCCGUUCUUAUUAUGAGUUUAGUUUUCAUUGGUUUUGUCAUUCUCUUACAUAUUUGGGGUUAUCUAUCUCUACGUACAUAUACAUACAAAUACAAAUACAUAACAGUAACUGUUUCUUGUUUUGUCACUAUUUAA